AUGGUUUGGGAUUUGCUGCUGAUAUCUGAGCGGUGCAGGCAAGCUUUUCCAGGGGGUAAUGCAUUCACCAGGAUUGCCUGGGGGAGAGGAAAGAAGCAACCGGCUACAAAAGCCAUUCGUAAGAGUGCGCCCUCCGCUGGAGGGGUGAAGACACCUCCUCCUCCCAGGCCAGGCACUGAGGGACUCCGUGAGAUCAGACACUCUCAGAAGGCCACUGAACCGACCCGCAAGCUCCGCUCCCAGCAUCUGGUGCGAGAAACUGCUCAGGACUUCAAAACAGAUCUGUGCUUCCAGAGUGCAGCUUUUGCUUUGCAGGAGGCAAGUGAGGCCCACCUGGCUGGCCUUUUUGAAGAUACCAGCCUGUGUGCUCUCCAUGCCAAACGUGUAACUAUUGUGCCAAAACGUGCCUAA